AUGCAACACACUGUACAUCUUGAACUUUGGAAGGGUUACAAACGUACAGUUAAGCAAAUUUCUGAUAAUGGAGUUACUCAAGAAUUUCUUUCAUUAAAAGAGGCAGAGCAUGCAACUGGAAUUAAAAGUCAAAAUAUUGGUAUG